CUCAAAGAAUAUUAAAUGACCUACCGUUGCCCUCCAGACGUUGAUAGGAUAGACGCCACAGUGGGUAUAAGUUCGCACCAUUUUAUUUUGUCACCUACAAUAAAAGCGUACGGUUCCUGGAUAGAUCAUAUUCAGUUCACAUUAGUGUUCAGGGAAAAACAGCUUGAAGCAAAGAUAAAUACCUAAUAAGUGCAUUUGUGUGAUUACUGUGGACAGUCAAAAUGGUGCAUCCAUUCAACAUGCCAACAACCCUUGAGGAAUCCCCCAAUGCCCAGAUCAAUAAGACCCUAUUGGACAAGUAUAUGAGCCUGCCGAUCCCGGAGGGCAAAAUCCAGGCUACCUACAUCUGGAUUGACGGCACCGGCGAAAAUCUCCGCUGCAAGGACCGAACGCUCGAAUUCAUUCCCGAAAAACCCAGCGACCUACCCAUCUGGAACUACGAUGGAAGCUCGUGCUACCAAGCCGAGGGACACAACUCGGAUGUCUACCUACAUCCGGUAGCGACCUUCAAGGACCCGUGUCGACGAGGUAACAACAUUCUGGUUAUGUGCGAAACCUACCGGUACGAUGGGACGCCGACCGAGUCCAACAAACGUCAUACGUGUCGUAAGGUUUGCGAUCAAGUGGCCACCGAGCAGCCCUGGUUCGGAAUCGAACAGGAGUACACACUGCUUGACAUUGACGAGCGGCCCCUGGGAUGGCCCAAAAAUGGCUUCCCGGGACCACAAGGACCGUACUACUGCGGAGUAGGUGCGAACAAGGUGUAUGCUCGCGCUAUCGUUGAUGCUCACUACCGGGCAUGUCUGUAUGCCGGUAUCAAGAUUAGUGGCACCAAUGCCGAGGUCAUGCCGGCCCAGUGGGAAUACCAAGUAGGACCAUGCGAGGGCAUCUCGAUGGGUGACGAGCUGUGGGUGUCACGCUUCCUGCUUCACCGGAUCGCUGAGGAGUUUGGCAUCAUCGCCACGCUUGAUCCGAAACCGAUGGUUGGUGACUGGAACGGUGCCGGUGCGCAUACCAACGUGUCAACUAAGGCCAUGCGCGAGAAUGGUGGAAUUGUCGAAAUCGAAAGGGCCAUUGUCAAGCUGUCCAAAUGCCAUGAGCGCCAUAUCCGGGCUUAUGAUCCACGCGAGGGCAAGGACAACGAGCGUCGCCUGACGGGAAAGCACGAAACCAGCUCGAUCCACGACUUUAAUGCCGGAGUGGCCAACCGUGGAGCUUCGAUUCGUAUCCCACGUGGCGUAGCCGACGAAGGCAGAGGCUACUUCGAAGACCGACGACCAAGUUCCAACUGUGAUCCGUACAGCGUUGUCGAAGCCAUUCUCAGAACAAUUUGCUUGGACGAAUAAUGGAACUAUUUUGACGUUAACAUUGGUAAAUGUAUUCAUAAGGCUAACGUAAAGAAAAUUGUCAAGUGUUAUUAAAUUAAAGGUUUAUU